GUCGGCGGUACUACUACCGCCGCCGCCACCGCCGCCGUCGUUGUCGUGGUUCCGCUAAACGGACGCCGUCACCGCCACCGCCGCCGCACUAUACCGCAGUAUCACGUCUAACGUCGCUCGCACUGCACACAACACAAUACUAUCAUCGUAACGACACAAUAAAUAAAUCAUCAUCGUAUAUAUCGAAUCCGCCGCUUACGCACCCAUCACAUAAUAUUAUAGCGAUAGUUUUCGACGCGAACUCUCAGCGGUCUGUAUACACAUAUUUUCGUUUUCUCAUCCGUCCGCGUAUACACGUGUCAUAUUAUAGUAAUAUCGGAGUGGUAAUCAUGUCGUGACCCGUACGCGGUGACCUGCAGCAGGUGACAUGCGACACGGUGCUGGUGCAACAGCCGCAGAAGCCGCGAUGCUCGUGCCACAGGACAUGCUGUCGGCCCAGACGAAGAUGUCGUACCAGCUGGCAAAGUUUUGGGCGGAACGGGUGAUGGCCCGGAAGACGGCCGCGAUGAAAACGAUCCGAGAGGUGUGCAAGGUGGUGCAAGAUGUGCUCCGGGAGGUGGAGGCUCAGGAGCCGCGGUUCAUAUCGUCCCUGGUCGAGUGCAACGGACGGUACGAGGGCUUAGACGUGGUGUCGCCCACCGAAUUCGAGAUCGUACUUUACCUAAACCAGAUGGGCGUACUCAACUUCGUCGACGACGGGUCGUUGCCCGGGUGCGCGGUGCUCAAGCUGAGAGACGGUCGCAAGCGGAGCAUGAGCCUGUGGGUCGAGUUCAUCACGGCGUCCGGGUACCUGUCGGCUCGCAAGAUCCGAUCCCGGUUUCAGACGUUGGUGGCCCAAGCAUGCGAUAAGUGCGCGUACCGGGAUUCGGUCAAGAUGAUCGCCGACACCAGCGAAGUGAAGCUCCGGAUCCGCGAGCGGUACGUGGUGCAGAUCACGCCGUCGUUCAAGUGCGCCGGCAUAUGGCCAAGGUCGUCCGCUCACUGGCCGCUGCCACAGAUCCCGUGGCCUCACCCCAACCUGGUUGCCGAAGUUAAGACCGAGGGGUUCGACCUGCUGUCCAAGGAGUGCGUGACACUGCACGGCAAGCAGUCGGCGCUCGAGGGCGACGCGUGGGUCAUGUCGUUCGUGGACGUCGAGAACAGGCUCAUGUACGGCGGAUGCCGCAAACGGUGCCUGAGCGUGCUCAAGACGCUCAGGGACCGGCACUUGGACCUGCCAGGCAACCCAGUCACCAACUAUCACAUCAAGACGCUGCUACUGUACGAGUGCGAGAAACACCCGCUUGAAUUGGAAUGGGACGAGCCGUGCCUGGGCGACCGAAUCAACGGCAUACUCCUGCAGCUCAUCUCGUGCCUGCAGUGCCGAAGGUGCCCGCACUACUUCCUGCCGCACGUCGACCUUUUCAAAGGUAAGGCGCCUGGCAGCUUGGAGAACGCAGCCAAGCAGACGUGGAGACUGACCAGAGAGUUGCUCACUAAUUCGAGAGCUUUUGACAAGCUGUGACGAGCGCUGCAGCCGCACCAUCCCGCAUACAAUAUAUUUUAAAUAUAUAGGUACAAGCGGCACGCGCCUGCAUGUUCAUAUAUUAUACCAGCUAUGUAUCGCGCAUCGUCAUCGCAUCAUUAACUCCACCGCCGUCAUCGCUGGAGAGGUUUUUAUUACGUUUUGUUAUAUUGUACAUCUUUCUUAUAUUAUAUUUUUUAUAUUAUAUUUAUUACAUUUUUUUGUCUGUUCUCACUUGUUUCGGCUCUCGUUUCUCUGCCGCGGAGAGAUGACCUCCAACCGAACUGUAUGUUUGGUAUAUAAUAUUAUAUUAUAUUACUGUUUUUUAUUACAUCGCAUUGAGCGUAACGAUUAGGUAUAUAUAGGUAACGCGAUAUUAUAUAACCACUAACACCUCCCCACAUAAACUUACAUAAUGUUUAAUAGGUACUAAAAGGUGCCUAUUCGCGAGUGCCAUAUAAUUUAUCACUAUAACGACAUAUGAUAUGACUUUGUUUUUUUGUUUUGUUUUUUAUUGUUUUUAAAUAUUACUACAUCACAAGUUGUUCGCUUCGAAAAAUGAAACAAUCAUAUUUUUUUUUCAAAGAGAUACACAAAUAUUGUUAUAUUAUUAUCCUACGUUAUGGACCUAUAUAUACGCCUAUAUUACUCCGUGAACGCAAUUUUUUUUACUCGGCAAGCCCUGAUAUUGCAGUUUAUAUAGGUAACAUCAGUGGCGAUUCGUCGCAGAUAUAGUUCGCAUACGAGUAUUUAUCGGGAUACAGGUAUAUGCACGAUCGUUUACUAUUAUAUAUUCUCGAUAAUAUAAUAUAUACCUUUAUUAUAAAAUAAAUUAUAUUAUGCACAAUAUGUGUUCAAUUAUAUUCUUUGUCGAAAUUAUUUUUAUGUAUAUAUUAUUAAAUGUAUUGCAUAAUAACAUUCUAAUGUUUAUGCGUGCGACGAUUAUUCAGCCAGUGGCUACAACGAUCAAUAUCAGCUGUAUUUAUUGAUGUUUAGUUUUUAUAAUUCAAUAAAAUAUAACAUUAAUAUAUCUAUAA